UUUUCAAUUUGAAAUAAAAAAUAAUAUAAUUCAUAUGAACACCAGCCAGGACUAUAUAGAGGAUAUAGCAGGAUUCAUGAGGAAAGUAAAAUUUAAAAUCAAGGAAGCAUCUAGGAAGCAAGUGAAGAGAGCAAAGUUCAGAGCUCUCAUAGGUUAGAUGCUGAACCUAGCGAUGAUGAAAUUGAAGGUGCUAUGCCAACUCCUGGGGAAAUAGAAGUCAGCCUCUCGCGGAGAGAGAAACUUAUCAUCCUAAAGAGAGACACUCCCAAGGUACUGAGAACGAGUCUAAUAACAUCUUCAUCGCUGAAAAGCCUGGUGAGAUGGAUAGAGAAGAUGAAGAAGAGCAUGAGCUUGCUGAAGAUGUAAAACAAGAAGAACCUGUCCCUCCUGGACAAAUGCAAAGCCACCCAGGGAGCCAAGCUGAAGGCCAGAUAGCCCCUUAUUCUGAAGAAGAGGAAAUGGAUAUCAUUUACUCUGAAGAAGAAAUCGCGAGUUUCAAAAACAUUUUCGAUAUGUUUGAUAAGGAAAGUACAGGCUAUAUUAACCUGAAUGAUUUCCAGUCAAUUAUAAACUCACUCAACAGAAACAAAGAGGAAGUACUCAAGCUGCUAGAUGAAUUUGGAUUUGGCAAAGAGAAUGGCCUACUUAGCUUCCAAGAAUUUAUUGUGCUGAUGCAAGCACUUGAGAAACGGAUCAUUGUUGAUGAAGAACAACCUGAGAAUCAAGAGCAAGAAGGAGAGGGAGAUAAUAUGGGAGAAUUUCAAGUUAGAAUCUGAGGAUCAUGAGAGCCCAAGGUCAGUCACUGAAGAGGAGCGAGCCCAAUAUGGAUCCCUACUUCCUCGAACAGGAAUCCACUUCUUAUCUAAUACUAAAGUCAUUGACUUCCUCAAACUCCUUGAUGAAUAUCGUAAGAAGUGAGAAAAGAGCGGAGAGUUUUCUUAAGCCAAGAGAGCCAGGAAGAAAUUUUAAGAUCUGAAGGAAAAGGAGACUCUUAGGCAACAAAACAACAUGAGGACAGCUCAGGAGCAGGAGCUUUUGACAGUUAAAAACGCUCAAAAAGCUCAAUUCAUUGAAUUAUCUCAAGCUUGGGAUAACUAUAUGAGUGAUUAUGAGGCCACUACUUAUCUCUCCUUGGAGAAGCUAAAGGAGAAGCAUCUCAUGGAGAUCGAACAGUUAAGGGA